AUUCCCCCUGAACUCCGUUCUCAUCACUGGGCUCCCCGAAAAGGUCACUAUUGCGGGCGACUGUAGUAACCAUUCAAGGUCUUCGUUACUAUCCACUCUUUGGAACUCCCACUUGCCCAUCAGUGGUCGUUCGUGCCUACUUCGCCUAUGCUAUCUGUAUAACAUCACCCCACAGCGCCCUCUUCAGUAUGGCAAACCUGUCAACACUUCGUCCUUCGCUCGUGAUACUGCUAGAUCAGUACACGAAGCUCCUGCGUUCUUCUCCUAAAUCACUCCGCAUUCUCGCUGCUACUCUCCUAUGCGCUCUCUUUGGUGGCCUGUACGAGCGAUGGCGGCGGCGAAGGAAGGCGGAUGAGGGCCGGGGUCGCGUGCUUCUGCGACGGAACUCUGCGAUCCAGCUCAAAGAUGGUGGGUUUUAUCCAUAAGGCCUUACCUGUUUGGGGCUUCCUUUAAGGAUGAUCUGACUGGUCUUAGGUUCGAGAUUGAUCUAUGUUCCCUACAAGCAAACCACUGCCAAAGUAAUAAUAAAACCGACUAAAUCCACUACCUUCGAUGCCCACCGUCGCCUGUUUCUCGAACCUCUAGGGGGCCGGAAGUCUCGUUCGUUUAGCGGCGCUGAUGUGGGGGAGGGCCCUCCUGUUAAUACUAAGCCGGGGCUAAAUUUGGCUUUUCUUCAUCAAUUCUUGAGUCUUCUCAGUAUUAUGGUCCCUCGGCUCACGAGCAAAGAGAGUCUAUUGCUACUGCUUCACACCUUCUUCCUGAUAAGCAGAACCUAUCUCAGUUUGGUAGUUGCAAGGUUGGACGGUGAGAUUGUUCGAGAUCUUGUUGCUGGGAAUGGGAAGGCGUUUUCUUGGGGUAUUGUAAAAUGGCUUGGUGUCGGCGGCCCAGCUGUUUAUUGCAAUGCCAUGGUACCUUAUCCCUUUCGUUCUACAAAUAGGAAGACUGAGAACCUAAUAUCGAGCUUCUCAGAUAAAAUAUCUCCAAUCAAAAAUCUCAAUAGCUUUCCGCACUCGUUUGACUCGGUACAUGCAUGACUUGUAUCUUAAUGAUAGACAAGCAUAUUACAAGCUUGGUAAUCUCGAUGGAGGCUUGACGGGCGGGGGAGCUGAUCAGUUUAUCACUUCUGAUCUUCCACUGUUCUGUGAUUCGGCUGCCGCGUUGUAUUCUUCUCUUGGCAAGCCCUUCCUGGACUUGGUAGUAUUCAAUUACCAACUUAUGAGAUCGUUGGGUCCGGUGGCAUUGGCAGGCAUCUUGCUCAAUUAUGGUGGCACUGCAUGGAUGUUGAAGAAGUUCUCGCCGCCAUUUGGAAGGCUUGCUGCUGCCCAAGCUAAGCGUGAGGGUGACUUUAGAGGGUUGCAUAGUAAGUGCAAUUAUGCGUUGGCCAGUUGAUUUACUUAUCAACCUUCUAUAGCCCGGUUGAUUGGAAAUGCCGAAGAGGUUGCCUUCUACGGCGGCGCUGGUAUGGAGAAGGUGUUCUUGGAGAAAGGCUUCAAAGACCUAAAACAAAUCAUGGAGGGCAUUUACAAUGUAGGACUUCCUGGUGUUUCAACUUAGUCGGGUGGUUUUCUGAUAAUGCCACAUCAGGUUAAAAUACAAUACAACAUGCUUGAAGAUUUUGUCUUGAAGUACAGCUGGUGUGAGUUUGCCCCUCUCAGUUCAGUUUGGUGGUGCUAAGAAUGAGUGUUAAGCGGCCUUUGGAUACUUGAUCACCUCUCUCCCUGUUUUCUUGCCUGCUUGGGGUGGCCUUGGCGGUGUUCUCGAACUCGCUGGAGCUGGGCCUGCGGGCAGGGAAAGAGAUAGAAUGAAAGGCUUUAUUACUAACAAGAGGCUCAUGCUGUCGCUUGCGGAUGCUGGUGGUCGUAUGAUGUACUCCUUCAAGGACCUUUCUGAAUUGGCGGGCUAUACCUCGAGAGUGUACACUCUUGUAUCAACACUUCACAGAGUUCAUUCCCAAGCAUACUCGACUCCCCGACCUGAGCUAUACGGAAUGGCCGAUAUUCAAGGUACCCUUCAUAAGGGGUACGACGGCGUCAGGCUCGAGGGUGUUCCCAUUGUUGUCCCAGGGCUCUGGCCAAGAGGCGGAGAAGAAUUGGUGGAGAGCCUGGACAUCACGGUUAGGGAAGGCGAGCACUUGCUAAUCCUAGGGCCCAAUGGUGUUGGGAAAUCGAGUAUUGCUAGGAUUGUUGCGGGACUUUGGCCGGUUUACAGAGGCCUUGUCAGCAGGCCCCGUGGGGGAGGGAUUGGUGGCAUUAUGUUCCUCCCCCAGAGAGUCUACCUCGCCCAGGGCACAUUGAGGGUGAGCUAUUCUUCGAUUUAUAUGCGCAUAUCGUUUUGGAUUGUAUAUUCUGAUGCCAAUCCUCUUGUUUUCCAGGAUCAAGUUAUCUAUCCACACACGGAGAUGGAGAUGCGUGCAGACGGACGGUAUGAUCAUGAACUAAAAGGAAUACUGGACGCCGUCCGUCUGGGGUAUCUCCCAGACAGAGAGGAUGGAUGGGAUUGUCGCAAGGAGUGGAAAGACGUCUUGAGUGGUGGCGAAAAGCAGCGGAUCAGUUUGGCAAGACUUCUCUAUCACGUGAGUACUCUCUACAUAAGGGGCCUUAAUAUAUGAGCUGACGUUACUUAGGAGCCUAAAUAUGCUUUUAUUGAUGAGGGAACAUCUGCUGUUUCCCAAGACGUUGAGGGCCUUCUCUAUGAAACUGCUAAAGAACAUGGGAUAACCCUAAUCACGAUAUCCACUCGUGCACAGCUCAAGAAAUAUCACACCUUCCAAUUGCAAUUGGAUGGCGGCAGCUGGGAAUUUGACAGAAUCGGGACAGAAAGGGAGCGCAGUAGCGUGGAGCAUGAGCUCAGAGAGCUCAAAGAGAGGAUGAAGAGUGUGGAGGGUCUAAGAGAUAGGCUAAAGAGCGUCGAAGAUGAACUCGCGAGGGUGUUUGUCCAGGGCGGCGAGGAGCUCCCGGCGUAUGAGGGGACGGAGCGGGGAAGUGGCGAGUUGGGAGAGAGCGCAGUUGUCGUAGAAGGCAAAGAGUUUGAGCUAGUAAAGGGGGUGGGUCUGAGGGAAGGCGGAUUCACUGGCGUAGUUGAAAUGGGGCUUGCUAUGGAGAGUUCCGGGCAAGAGGAGGAAGAGGAGAAGGGAGAGAGCUCCAAGGAUGCAUCUGAGUCGGCUGCUCCCAGGGAAGAGGCCGAACCGGCUAAACCGGUAGACCUGGAGAAUGAAAGCUUUGUCGACGCCGUAAGAGCGGAUCCUAGCGAAAACUAAUCUACUCUUGUACUUGUAGGAUUGGGGCCUUAGAUUACAUGUUUGAGUAGGGAUUGCGAGUGUAUGAUAAUUAAGUAAGGUUAUAAAGGGCUUUAUAUUAUUCCGUUUUAGAUACUAGGGUAUUUCUAUCUCUCCGCCUCCAUGUAACAUUGGUCCUUGCACUGCCGUACUGCGAGGUAGUGCCCCGGUAGACAGGCGCCGUAAGUACUUGAAUAUAAGAGAAAUGUGCUGGGUCGUCGAGACCCCCCCCCUUCUGGGACGGGUGGAGAAAUCACCGGAAACCGAGCCUGAGUC